AUGCAGACAGCACGACUACAACUCGUCCGUUUAACAGAGGACCAUGUGGCUGGCUACCACGCCAUUUGGUCCGAUCCGGUGGCCACCCGGUGGAGCGCCCACAGCCCAUGCAAGACAAUAGACGAUUCCCGACAGUGGAUGUCCAGUUUACUACUCGAAGCCAAUCCGAUGGGUGAGAACUAUGCUGUACUCCUCCGACGAGACGUGAACUUCGAUGCCAUUACAAACCGGCUCAAUGAUGGUCAAGAAGGCACCGACGAUGACAAGCCGUAUGAUAUUUCGGCUCAUGGCGGCUUCAUCGGUUGGGUCGGAACAUGGAGAACAGACCCCCUCCCGGAAAUGGGCUUCAUCUUUCAUCGAUCAACCUGGGGCCUGGGGUUUGCAACAGAGGCUUUGAGAGCUUUUGUGGAACUAUAUUGGUCGCGCAAGCCGCAAUUCAAUGUGUUGGAGGCAUAUUGCGAUACCGAGAAUGAGGCGUCUGUUAAUGUUCUGCGCAAAUGUGGGUUUGAAUUGGUCGAUGUGACGAGAAAAGACUAUGUUCUCCCUUGGAUGACGCCGCCGGAACGAGAUACAAUGCAAUUUCGUCUGAUUAGGGCCGAUAGUUUGGAGGAGUGA